AUGGAUCGUGUUAUAUCAUCAAGAAAUGAUGAUAAAUUAACUCAAUUUAAGCUCUUUGCAUCGCCACAAUUCACUUCUAAUCUUACAACAUCAUGUGAAAAAUUUACUAUGUAUAUACUUUAUUUCUAUUAUGUCUAAAAUAUUAUUUGCUUCGUAGCUUGUGAGAAAUAUUUAUCUGAACGUGCAAUUCAGCAAGAAAUAAAAUUUAUUAUUUCCUGGACUAUAUAGGAUAGAAAAAGUUUACCGUUACUUCGUUGUUAGGACGGAUGCUGCUCGAAUCUAAUCCAGCAUGAUAAAAGAUAUUCAGCAUGUAGAUGUUUGCUGUGUGUCAUCGGGCGUUGCGAAUAGGAUAAUCAAAAUGAGACGUAAUAUGAUUAGAACCAGGGAUGCCAAAUCAUAAUUUCAAAAAACAGUAGUUCUUCUUUUGAAAAUCAGCAUUUCGUCAGGAGAAUUUUUUUCAAAUCAGGAGUAAAAUCAGGAGAUUUUCUUUUCGAAAUCAGGAGUUCCUUGUUAGGUUUUAUCUGACAAAAUGCAAGUUUCCACUAGUCUACACAGUUCUCGUUCCCAAAUCAACAGGAUUUACUCUGUUGUUGAAGGAAAAAAUCUCUUGUAAAUGAAAUAAAUAAAGCAAGAUUAUUCAUUUCAUUUAAUGUUUAUUUCCAUAUUCACGUCGACACUAC